AUGGGUGUUGGUAGUGUUCUUAGGAACACCUUUCGAUUUAGAAAAACAUCCCUUACAUUUCUUGUAUUUUUGACGUUUAUUAUUACAAUCAUACUUCAAAAAGUGGCUGUUCACAAUGCUUUGAAGGUUACCAAUAACAAUACCGAACUAUUGAACUUUGCUUGGGAACAUUUACAAAUAAUAUCUUCAACAAAACACCCAUUCACCUCUCCAAAGAACGACGAACUGCAUGACUAUUUGUAUGAUGUUGUUUCUUCUCUUUCUUAUGAUGUACCGUACGUUGAGGUAUCCUCUGAUAAAGUUAACAAUCAUACCAUUCUGAUCAAUCAACAUGACGUCUUCAAUAAAUCAAGCGAUGACAACAGGGUCAUUUUUUAUGAGUCCUCUAAUAUUUUGGUUAAAAUAGAAGGAACGGAUUCUCAACUAUCAAGCGUACUCUUAUCAGCUCAUUUCGAUUCUGUCCCUACGUCCUUCGGUACAACCGAUGAUGGCAUGGGCAUUGCUUCAAUGCUUGCAGUGCUAAAACACUUACUUCAAUCGGGUAAACAGCCAAAGAGGACGCUUGUUUUGAAUUUUAACAACAACGAAGAAUUUGGCCUUUUAGGGGCAGAAGCAUUUAUGAAACAUGCAUGGGCGAACGAGGUUGAAUUCUUUAUCAACCUAGAAGGAACUGGCGCUGGUGGAUUGCCUGUUUUAUUCAGAGGUACAGAUAAAUCAGUGAUUGAUUGGUAUUCCAAUGUUCGGACUCCUUUUGCAAACUCAAUCUUUCAAGAAGGUUUUAAUUCUGGUUUUAUUUCAUCCCAAACAGACUACCAUGUUUAUGAAAAGUUCGGGUUAAGGGGUCUUGAUAUCGCAUUUUACUUGCCAAGAUCUUUUUACCAUACAUACAAGGAUAGUAUAAAAUACACAUCAAAGGGAUCGUUAUGGGCAAUGGCGUCCAAUGUGAUUGACAUUUUAGAUGAUGUUCUGUACUCGUCAAAAAAAUACAACGAGGACUUAAACUAUUCAAUAUAUUUCGAUAUAUUGAAUAUUUGGUUUUUCAAUUUCUCGAUGGUUCAAAACUUUACUAUCAAUGUGCUACUGCUAGUUACUGUUCCUAUUUUGCUUUCGAUAUUGCAACUGAUAGUGAAUAGGAGAAAAACGUGGUUUGUUGGAAUUAGAGGAUGGUCUCGCUUUCCUGUGGCAUUGAUUCUUUCCUACUAUGCAAACAAGUUACUGUUGAUGUACCUGUACAACUUGAAUCCCCUAUUGGUGUCAGUUAACUAUUAUCUACCAUUGAUAUUAUCAUGUUGCUUGACCCUAUUGAUCAACUAUUUGGUUCUCAAUUUAGCCAACAUCAUUAAACCUGUCCACGAGCAAAAACUCAUUAUCUUGCUAGAACUCAAUGCCAUUUCAUGGAUCUCUCUGGUGUGGAUGACUUAUCAAAUAAAUGAAUAUUCAAAUAUCUGCGGAUAUGUUUCAACCAUUGUCUAUUUGCUAACUUCAAUUGCAUCAUUAUUCGGGUUAUUAAGCUUUGUAUUUUUGAAAUCACCAUGUUACAAACGUGAGUAUAAAGUGUAUUAUGGAUCCAGCGAAGAGGCAACAGAUGAGCAUACUCAAGAAAUGUCUAAUAAUUCUUCGGAGAGAACCUUUUCCGGGCCAGAGGUCCACGAUAUCAAUGACAAUGCCAAUGACGAUGAGGAUUCAGAUAGUGAAAGGCAACCAUUGCUGAAUGAGUCCGAGGUAAUAAUAGAUCACGAAACGCGUGACACGUUUAUGCAUAAUAUUAAGCAAAAAGCUCUUAAUUCAUUUCAGUAUGAUUGGUUGAUCCAAUUUCUCAUUCUGGUACCGAUAUCUGUGUUCUUCAUCUAUAGUGAAGGGAUUUUGACAAUAGGUGCAUUACAUGAAACUGUUCAGGAAAGCAGUGUUUAUGCCAAAAAUGUAUGGGAUUUGGUGAUGGCAGUUGGUAUCCUACUUGCAAUCGUAGUAUCGCCAUUUAUUCACAAGUUCAACUAUGUAGGUAUUCAGAUUACAUUUCUAUUGUUUCUUUUUUCAUUGAUGUGUUGUUAUUUUGCUCCUUUUUCGGAUGAAUCCACCCCAAUAAAAUUCAGAUAUGUGAAAACUUUUGAUGCAACCACAAAUAAAAGUAUAUCAGAGGUCUAUGGUAGAGAAGGUUUUAUUUUGGAUACCCUUACAGAAGUUCCUACAAUCGCUGAGACUGACGUAAAGUGUACUACUUACAACUCAAGUGGAACUGAAAUGUGUACCUAUGAAGGUACUCGGCCAUGGCUAUUAUCUGGGACCGUUGAAGAUAACUCAUAUAACUCUUACUUGAAUGUUUCGAUUUUGUCGAACACGAAUGACGGAUGGAGCACUGACCUUCGUUCAGUUGAUUCAUUGGAUAAAUUUACGCCUCUAGAAGCCGUAUUAGAGAUCCAAGUCAGGGAGAGUAGACAAUGUUAUAUGACAUUUAAUGCCACAAACCCCAAAUUCAAGGCUCCUGUAAAGAUGAUCACAUAUUACACAGAGGGAAAUGAAAACAAUACUGACAUAGGAAUAGAUGCUGUACCGAAUGGCAUGAGCAGGGAUAAGCACGGAAAUUGGAUCUACAAAACCAUGAAAGGUAUUGAUAUAUUUCAGAUGCACAAACUCAGCUGGGAAUCGACAGCAUCAAAAUCUAAUAUUUUUUUGGUGAAGCUGCAGUGGCUGCCAUUUAUCUACGAUAAUGACGUAGAAGUUAUCAGUAAUCUAGGAGUAAAUGUCCAAUGUUUCUGGUCGGACUAUGAUGACAUUGUAGAUGUCAAUGGUACUCAACAUGCUAGAGUUGAAGAUUACUUAGAUCUAAUGAAAUUUACUGCUAUUGGAGUAGCGUGGACCAAUCUACGUCCAGGCGUGGUACAAGGGAAUGGCUUUGUUGAAAUCUAA